UCCUUCUAUUGCUUCAUGCAGACAGCAAGGUUAAGGGUCAUGCUGAUUAUCACCUUAUCAGGGCUGAUGUCUAAUGUGCAAGUGACUCAGAUGAAGCCUGAUGGAACGCUAGAGGAAAGUGGUGAAGAACGACGGCUUAGAAAGUCUUUGGAGGAAAUGUCAGAUGAAGCUAAAAGCCCCAACCUAUUGAGGGAGUGUGGACUUUCUGAUAGUGCUCUGGUAACAAUUCCAGAAAGAUCGGAAGAGAACAGGUGGUCCUGGCCAGAGGUGAAAUAUCUCUCUGAUAGUCUUCUUCUUGCCCUUGAUGGAAGCUUGGAGCAUGCACUAUUGGGAUCUGUGAUGACUAUGGAUAGAUAUGCAGCUGCUGUAAGUUUCUACAAACUUGCAAUGGCAUUUGCGCCCGUCCUAGAUCUUCACAUAAUGUGGUUGCUACAUUUAUGUGAUGCACAUCAGGAAAUGCUGUCUUGGGCUGAAGCUGCCCAGUGUGCUGUGGCUGUUGCUGGUGUUGUUAUGCAGGCCCUUGUGGCUAGAAAUGAUGGUGUUUGGAGCAAGGAUCAUGUAACUGCUCUUCGUAAAAUUUGCCCAAUGGUGAGCAAUCAGAUCACAUCAGAGGCUUCUGCUGCUGAGGUAGAGGGAUAUGGUGCUUCAAAGCUCACAGUUGAUUCUGCAGUGAAGUACCUUCAGCUUGCUAAUAAGCUUUUCUUUCAAGCUGAGCUCUAUCACUUCUGUGCCUGCAUUCUUGAACUUGUACUUCCGGUUUAUAAAAGCAGGAGGGCAUACGGGCAGCUGGCUAAAUGUCACACAUUACUCACUACUAUCUAUGAAUCAAUUCUUGAGCAGGAAUCAAGCCCAUUUCCAUUCACUGAUGCCACAUACUAUCGGGUGGGAUUCUAUGGUGAUAGAUUUGGAAGUAGAAGGGAAAGGAUCUUUUCACUUUCCACUGGAAGUGUCCGUGCACGUGUGUUUGACCGCUUUUUGUUUGAUACCCCAUUUACGAAAAAUGGCAAGACCCAGGGUGGAUUGGAAGACCAAUGGAAGAGGCGAAGUGUGCUUCAGACUGAGGGCUCCUUCCCUGCCCUUGUGAAUAGGCUCUUGGUAAUUAAAUCUGAAUCUCUUGAGUUCUCCCCAGUAGAAAAUGCAAUUGGAAUGAUUGAAACUCGGACAGCUGCACUACGAAAUGAGCUUGAAGAGCCUCGCAGUUCUGAAGGCGAUCAACUCCCUCGUCUCCAGAGUCUACAGAGAAUUCUUCAAGGCAGUGUUGCUGUUCAAGUGAACAGUGGAGUCCUAAGUGUGUGUACGGCCUUCCUGUCUGGUGAGCCCGCAACGAGGCUGCGUUCACAGGAAUUGCAGCAACUCAUUGCUGCACUCCUUGAAUUCAUGGCUGUUUGCAAGCGGGCCAUUCGGGUGCACUUCAGAUUGAUUGGAGAAGAAGACCAGGAAUUCCACACAUAGCUUGUGAAUGGAUUUCAGUCCCUCGCUGCAGAGUUAUCUCAUUACAUCCCUGCCAUUCUCUCAGAGCUUUGACAAUAUUGUAGCAUUAUUUGUUUUUGGUUCUGCUUGAUGUGUCCAUAUUAUUUGUUUUCUUAUUCUAUUAUUAUUUUUUUCAAUGAUGUACAAAUGUGUAUACUAAAUUUA